GUCAAACUCUGUGUGCUGUCAAAUUAAUCGUGACAAAUAAACUUUAUGUUAAUAUUUUUAUAAAAAAAAUCUACACAAUUUUUCAAGCCUCAGUAUCUAAGCUAGAUUAUUUACGAUUGUAUUAUACAUUAUCGAUCACGGCAUGACAGAAUCAGAAACACUUUGAAGACAAUAGAAAAUGAAAAUAUAGGUGCAAGAUGUAAACAAACCAAGAUAAGCUUGCGGUUGCGAUCGGGCUGUGAUAAAAGAAUACGUAAAAGUCAACUGCAAUUAGGACGUGUGCAUUGUAGCGGACACCUGCUUCAUACUAAAGGAGCACCUAUACCAUCGUUAACAACAUGUCUGAAAACGACCAUAUUAUCACUUAUGUAACUGACCUCAAACUUCGCUCUUCUUAUACCAGAAUUGCCGAUAUUAUGUUCACCAGACCGAAUGGAACACGAAGUGAAAAUAUUAUCAUCAAGGAUAUUACUUCAACCAACGAAAAACGAUUCAGUUUAUCUAACAGGAUAACAAAAAUUCCAAAAGAUCCUGAAUCAUUGGGCGAUAUUAUUAAAACCCAAGAUGCAAAAGCAAAAUCUUUAGCAAAGGGCGUUGAUCGAAAAAUUGUCGUAAUUAAAAAUGGAACAUCAUUGAAUACAAGUGUAUCUAAUAGCAUGAACACACUUAGUAUUUCGUCGAGCACUAGCGUCACAUACAAUUCUGCUUAUUGUUCUAGUUCUCUGUCUCUUAUGAGUUCAUUAGAGGGAUCAAUGUCAAGCAUUUCGGUGAGCGAUAAAAAUACAAGUAUUCAUAAGCCUGGGGGAUCUAAUCAUAUGAGUACAAAAGCAACGAGCCCACGACUUGAAUACAAAGUAUUUAAAGUAACCCAAACAACUGUUGAUGAAGUUAAUAUGACUGUUGAUCAAUCUACCCUGAAUACAGCAAGUGAAAACCCUAACGAGUCUACAGAUGUACUUAGUUCGCUCGAUAUUUCAAAUAUAAUGGCGAAGAUUCUAAAGAAAAAGAGAUUUUCUGAUGCUUCAAACAUUUUUAUAAUAGUCCCAACGUCUACCAAUAGCGGUUCAGAAGCCGCUUCCGAAAGCCUCAAGUCUGUUACUAGUCGCACAUCUAAAGACACUCAUGUUAUAGCUGAACGUUGCACUUUUGUGGACUUGGACACACCGCUGCGAAAAACGCCGAUAAUCCAACAUGAAAUAAAAGUUUUAGGAAAGGGUAAGAAAUUUUAUAUGGAAGAAAUACACACAUCAGAAUCAUCAACUGAGUUCGAGAAAGAAUCAGUUGAGGUUCUUAGAAAAGUUGAGUGGAGCAAAAAUAAGUAUUGUCAAAUGGCCGCAUCGACUACCAAGUUACAAAUAUUUGGGAAGACAGAUGUAGAUUUUGGUACAGAUACAACGAUGGAUAGGCCAUGUUGCUGUUGUGCAAAGAUAUCCACCGCUACCUUUGUGGUUCAAAACUGCAGCAGUUCCAAGGACAAAUAUAUAGCCAAUGUUAUGUCCAGGAAAAGCACCCCAUUAUUUCUGAAGGGUAAAGCAUCCCGCUGGUUUCGUUCUUUGGGGAGGCGUGCGCCAUCUUUUUCUACACUUCCGAGCGAUAUGCGUAUGUGCUCUAAUUGCGGAUUGUAUCACAAACCUACAAACCAUUCUCAAGAUGAAUGUGAAGAGCCCAACUGCUUACCGUGUGAAUCUGAAUAUUUCUGUCCACAUAUUCCUAUGCCAUGUUCUUCUUAUACAGAACAUCCAAAUUCAAGAUUAAAAACUCCACACGUAGAGUCAAUGCAGCUCAGGGGUAGAGUUGGUAAACAACUUCAUGUCAGACCAGUAGAGUCUGUAGGGGGAUUACUCUGCGAGUGCAGUGGUACAAAAUCAAUAACAGUUAACCGGAAAGUAGAUAUAUGCCCACGUUGUGACCUACUGGAGGAGACUGAAUCAGGCUCUGUAGAGGGAAUGAUGUCAAAAGGUAUGAUAACGGAUUUAAAGGGCUUCGAGAUAUUUGAUCUUCAGUGUAACAACAUGUCUCCGGAAGAAAGAAUACUAUUUGAAACUGCUGUUAAAAAAAUUGCUGCGCAGGCGGGGACUCGAAUUGGUGAACAGCCGUGCGAACAAACAAGACGACAGCCAAGUGAGCAGCCAAGUUCAGAACCAACACAAGAGCUAAUGGAACAACCAGUACUUAAAUCAAACAGACAACCACACAGAAAGAAGAAAAGGAAGAAUACAACCUCACAACAACCUUCGGAGCCUAAAGGAUGUGAUAUUCUUGAAGGUUUGGGCGAAAAAAAACUAACCUGUCAGCAUUUAGAGCCAAAAGAACAUACGAAAAGAGAACCGAAAGAACCUACUAGUACAGAGCCAAAAGCACCUACUAAAAUAAAUUCGAAAGAUCCUACUAAACCAGAUUGUCUAGAUAAUCUCGUAGAUUUUCAAAAGAAAGAAAGCCGUAAGUAUUCAGAGUCAAAAGAACUUACUAAAAGAGAACCGAAAGAACACGCUAGAACUGAGUCGAACGCACCUAUUAAAAUCGAAUCGAAAAAACCUACUAAACCUCUCGACUGUUUCGACGAAAAAAAACGAAGCCGUCACCAUUCACAGUCAAAAGAACUUACUAAAAGAGAAUCGAAAGAACAUACUAGAACAGAGCCAAAUAAGUUAGAAAGCCGUAAGUAUUCAGAGUCAAAAGAACUUACCAGAAGAGAACCGAAAGAAGCCGCUAGAACUGAGUCGAACGCAGUUACUAAAAUCGAAUUGAAAGAACCUACUAAACCUCUCGACUGUUUCGACGAAAAAAAACGAAGCCGUCACUAUUCACAGCCAAAAGAACUUACUAAAACAGAACCGGAAGAACGUACUAGAACAGACCCGAAAGCUCCUACGAAAAUCAAAACGAAAGAACCUUUUAAAACAGAUUGUGCAUGUAAUGAUGUCGCAGGUUUGGACGAAAAAAAACAAGGCCAUCAUCAGCAUUCAGAACAAAAAGAAUCGAAGGAGCCCUCUAGAACAAAGGCGAAAGCACCUACUAACAUCAAAUCGAAAGAACCCGUUAAACCAGAUUGUUUAUGUGAUGAUUUUGUAGAUUUAGGUGAAAAGAAAGAAAGCCGUAAGCAUUCUGAGUCGAAAGAACUUACUGAAAGAGAACCGAAAGAAUCCACUAAAACUGAAUUGAUAGCACCUACUAUAGCAGAACCAGAAGAACGUAUUAAAACAGAGAAAAAAGCACCUAUUAAAUCAGAUCGUGAUGAUCUCGCAGGUUUCGACGAAAAAAAAGAAAGCCGUCAGCAUUCAGAGCCAAAAGAACUAACUAAAAGAGAAUCGAAAAAACCUGCUUGUACAGAGCUAAAACCACCUACUAAAAUAAAAUCGAAAGAUCAUAUAAAAUCAGAUUAUGAUGAUUUUAAAGGCGAAAAGAAAAAAAGCUUUAAGCUUUCAGAGUCGAAAGAACUUACUAAAAGAGAACCAAAAGAACCCACUAGAACUGAGUCGAAAGCACCUACUAAAACAGAACCAAAAGAAAGUAUUAAAGCAGAGCAAAAAGCACCUACUAAAUCAGAUUGUGAACGUAAUGAUCUUGCAGGCUUGGACGAAAAUAAAGAAAGCUGUCAGCAUGUAGAGCCAAAAGAACUAACUAAAAGAGAACCGAAACCUACUAGUCCGGAGCCAAAAUCACCUACUAAGUCGAAAGAAAAUAGAAAACCAGAGUGUGAUGAUUUUAAAGGCGAAAAGAAAAAACGCUCUAAGCAUUCAGAGCCGAAAGAACUUACUAAAAGAGAAUCAGCUUGUGUAAGCCAUGAUGUCAUAAGUUUUGACGAAAGUAGAGAAAGCCUUAUUAAGCAUUCAGAGCUCAAGGCACCUACUGAAUCAGACUGUGUAUGCGAUGACGUCGGAGAUUUAGGCGUAAAGAAAGGAAGUCGUCAGAACCUGCAGGUCAAGGCACCCACUGAAUCAGACUGUGUAUGUGAUGACGUCGGAGAUUCUGGCGUAAAGAAAGGAAGCCGUAAGAACCCGCAGAUCAAGGCACCUACUGAAUCAGACUGUGUAUGUGAUGACGUCGGUGAUUUCGGCGUAAAGAAUGGAAGCCGUAAGCAUUUAGAGCCAAGUCAACCUACUCAACCAGGUUGUGAACGGCAUAAUGUCAUAGGUUUUGACGAAAAUAUAGAUCCACAGCUCAAGGCACCUACUAAAUCAGACUGUUCAUGUAAUGACGUCAGAAAUUUUGGAAUAAAGAAAGGAAGCCGUAAGCAGCCACAGCCCAAGGCACCCACUGUUUCAGAAAGCUCAUAUAAUGACGUUAGUGAUUUUAGCAUAAAGAAAGGAAACCGUAAGCAUCCCCAGCCCAAGGCACAUGCUGUUUCAGAAAGCUCAUAUAAUGACGUUAGUGAUUUUAGCAUAAAGAAAGGAAACCGUAAGCAUCCCCAGCCCAAGGCACAUUCUGUUUCAGAAAGCUCAUAUAAUGACGUUAGUGAUUUUAGCAUAAAGAAAGGAAACCGUAAGCAUCCCCAGCCCAAGGCACAUUCUGUUUCAGAAAGCUCAUAUAAUGAUGUUAGUGACUUUAGCAUAAAGAAAGGAAGCCGUAAGCAUCCCCAGCCCAAGGCACCUAUUCAAGAAGGCAGUGCAUAUGAAGGUGUCAGUAAUUUUGGCGGAAAAAAAGGAAGCCGUAAGCAUCUGCAGGUUAAAGCAACUACUGAAUCAGACUGUGUAUGUGAUGACGUCAGUGAUUUUGGCGUAAAGAAAGGAAGCCGUAAGUAUCCACAGGUCAAGACACCUACUGAAUCAAAUUGUGUAUGUGAUGACGUCGGAGAUUCUGGCGUAAAGAAAGGAAGCCGUAAGAACCUGCAGGUCAAGGCACCUAAUGAAUCGGACUGUGUAUGUGAUGACGUCGGAGAUUUUGGUGUAAAGAAAGUAUGCCGUAAGCAUCCACAGCUCAAGACACCCACUGUUUCAGAAAGCUCAUAUGAUGACGUUAGUGAAUUUAGCAUAAAGAAAGUGCGUAGUUUUCUUCAGAAAAGAAGCCGUAAGUAUUUAGGACCGAAAGUACUUCCUAAGUCAUUGCCGAGUGGACCUACUCAUCCGGGCUGUGCAUGCUAUGAUGACUUAGGUUUUGACGAAAGUAAAAGAAGCUGUAAUCAUUCUCAUCUCAAGCUACCUACUGAAUCAGACUGUGUAUGUGAUGACGUCAGUGAUUUUAGCGUAAAGAAAGGAAGCCGUAAGUAUUUAGGGCCGAAAGUACUUACUAAAUCAUUGCCGAGUGAACCUACUCGACCAGGUUGUUCAUGCCAUGGUGAGACAUGUUUUGGAGUAAAGAAAGAAAGCCGUAAGCACUUAGAGUCAAAAGUACUUAAUAAACCAUUGCUGAAUCAACCUACUCAACCGAGUUGUGUAUGCCAUGAUGACAUGGGUUAUGACGAAAGUAAAGAAAGCCGUAGACCUAAAAAAUCUAAAGUGAAACCCUAUGCCAUGGAGGCAUCUAGCAGCAGCAGUAAAGGAGAAUGCGUAUGUCAUGAUGUCGUAAAUUCACGAUACAGUUGUUGGUCGGGACCUCACCAAAUUUCAAAGACUGCAAGAAAAAAAUGCAGGCCUUGGCAACUUAAGCAACUUCUAAAAAAAUCUAAACCUAAGAUCAAAUCAGGAUUCUCUUCUUCAAAGGAAAAAACUUCCUCUUCAGAAGUGAACUGUCCAUGUAGUCAUUUUGCCUUACAAAGAAAAAAAGAAAUUGGAAUAAGGAAAUCUGCAUUAAAAUCAAGUACAUGUGGAUGCAACGAAUGUAAAAUGAAUAACGAACGAAAUUUUUCAAAGACAAAAAAAUCCAUUACGAUAAUUGAUCCAAAAUAUGACACAAAGCCGCAACCUAUUGACCAUACCGGACUAACACCCAAAUGUCAAUCGGAAUCUGACACCGACAAAGUACCACCUGUGUUUGGGUCAGGAGCAGCGUUAUCCGAAAAUCUGCCCUCAGAACCCGACGGAAAUCAAAAUGUGCACCCCGAGGAAAUGCUUUCGUGUGAAUGUUCCGAACAAGAGCCACAGCCUAAACUAAUACCACAGCCCGAAAAAGUGCCACAGCCCCAAAAACAAUCCGGACAAGUGGAACAGCCCGAACAAGUGCCAGAGCCCCAAAAAGUGCCACAGCCCGAACAAGUAGCAAAUUUGCCCGUAAAGCCCGACGGAAAACAAAAUAAGCACAAAAAGAAAAAGAUUUUGUGUGAAUGUCCCGAACAAGUAGCACAGCCCGAACAAGAGCCACAACAAGUAGCAAAUCUGCCGCAAAAACCCAAUGAAAAACAAAAUGAGCACCCAAAGAAAAAGUUGCCGUGUGUAUGUCCCGAACAAGUGCCACAGACCGAUCAGGUGCCACAGACCGAUCAAGAGCCACAGCCCGAUCAAGAGCCACAGCCCGAACAAAUAGCACAAUCCGAAACUCCACCCGAGCCUCAGACUGUACUAGAAGUUCCAUCUGCUGUUAUAUCUGAAGAGUACCUUUAUCCAGGGAUUGGGCCUAGCUGUGCAUGGAUAGAGUCUGAUGAGAUGAUGAAAUUAAGGUCCGACUUAACGGCAGUAAAAUCAGGUUUUAGAGCGCGAAAGAAGAAGAGAAAACCGAAUAUUGAGUUAGACUUUGAAGAUGCCAUCAGAUACUUUGCUUGUUUGAAUCCUGAAAAAUUCAAAGAGUUGAUGCAAGAUGAACUAGAUAAACAGGUCGAUGCUGAGGUUAGUAAGAGAAAAAAUGAAAAAAAGUUUAAAAAAAAACAAGAAAAAGAAAUGAAAAAGUUGGAAAAGGAAAGAAAAAAAUCAGAGAAGAAAAAACAAAAAAUAUUUGGGACUAAAAAGAAAAAAGAAGCGUUACAAUCGCCGGAGACUUCCGAGGAAAUAACAAAUAUGUAUCCUGAAAAAGGAUUUAAAUUAACCAUAGCAGGCCCGUGUACACCAGGCCCCUUAGGCACGUUAUGCUUCGAAAUGACUCGAGUAGCUUACUUAUCGUGGUGA